GCACUACCAGGGCUGACACAAAAUGUCCACUGUAUGCAGCGAGGGACAGCCUCAACCUCUGUGUCGCCUUCUAGCACUGUUCGUUCCACAGCAGUGUCCCGCUCCCGCCCCCGUACGGUAUUCAUUUCCCAGUACUCGUCUAAGUAUUGCAAAACAAACACAAAGUUGAAAGCAGCAUUCUCCCUGGUCUCGAUCUAAUCUAUCUAUACACAAGAGUAUGGAAGAACAAUGUAAGAGGACACAACCAGUGCUUUUAUUAACAAGAUGACCGCCCCCGUUUCAGCGACCCCUAGUACUAACGUUGACCUGCUAAAGCAGGCGGAGGCCGCGGCGCUUACCGCGGGGCAAACCACUCUCUUCGCCGAUUAUGCAACAGCUGCAGAUCUCUACGAACGUGCGGGCCGUAGCAGUAGGGCGUUUUCCCUCCUGCUGUCGCUCGACGGAAAGACUUCGUUGACCACGGACGAAGAAAAAAGACAAUACGCGACACUGCUCCAUCGAACCCAGGUCCUGCCGACGUAUCAAAUGUAAAAAUGUCUGGGUCUGGAAGAGUCAUGCUGUUUUUGCAUGACGCAGAAGGUCUGGCAUGGAAGCUCUAGCAUCACAGGGUUUGAGAAGCUUCCGCAAUGCCGAAUCCGCAUGACAAGUCCCCCAUUUGGGUGACAGAAAGCGGGCAGCUUUUGCUACCUAUGCAUGAGAGAUUUUCCUGUAUUCUGCAAUGCGCAUCACAAGUUUGGCUCUUCCAGACCCAGACACUUUUGCAUUUGAUACGACGGAGCCGAGAGCGAUGAUCCAGUUUCUGGAAUCCGACACUGCUGCCGCGCUGCUCACGGAAAAUUGCAAGGCCCCGGACUUUUUACUCACGGUAUGCGAAGCCGCCGUGAGACUCUGCUUUACAGUCGCUUUCGUCGCGGGGAAUCGGCAGGACCUGAAGCUCGCAGACGACGAGACGCCGACGGGGCCAGUCGGGGUGAUGGAGAGCGUGGAAGAAGCGAUUGAAGAUUUGGAAAACAGGAAGAAGGUACAAGCCAAAUACGAAAGCGACGCGAGGAAGGCGAAGGGGAUUUUGGUGAACACGGUGAUUUUAUCAAGUGCAAAAACGUCUGGGUCUGGAAAAGUGUAAACUUGCCAUGCAGAUUUUCCAUGACCCAUGUGAUCUGGAGUGCGGGACUUAGCAUGACGGACUCUGCGAGGUCUCUGCAAUGCUUAUCCUGCAUGAGAAACUCCCUCCUAACUUGGUCGAAAGUGGGCAGCUUUUGGCACUCAUGCAACACAGAUUUUUGUGUCGUUCAGAUUUACCAUGACAAGUUACCACCUUCCAGACCCAGCCAUAUAUAUUUGCAAUUCAUAGAUUUCGAAGCUGCUCGAGGUUUUCGAAAAGAAAUUCCGGAGACUCUUCAGCGAUGAAACUGUCGGAGUAGACGCCGCGCUGCGGGAAAAAGCUGAACAAAAGUUCGACCGGUGGGCUCGCGAACUGAAGCAGUUGUUGGAGGGGUUGCUGAAACAAGCAGAUGGCCAACGUGGGAAGAGGAAAAAAAUCGAGGAAGAGGAACCCAGGUUUGGAGAUUGAUAGAGAAAUAAAAACGGCUAUGACGAGCCUCAUGCAUAGUAUUCUCAUCGUCGAAUCGAAAUAUUCCAGCUGAAAAUGAAAGUACUUUUACAGGUGUAUUGUUUGAUGAUGAAAAAAGUUUUCAAGCUUCGUUUCAAAUCAAGUAACAUAAGCAUAAGGCUCUGUCGCCGAGCUGCACCCUUGGUCU